GGAACACAAAUUCAACGGCUGUCAGUAUACUUACAUUACAUUAUUGAUGUAAUUUCUAAAUAAGUUUGUUAGAAAUGGGUACUUAAAAUAAACAUCCCGAAAAAUAACUUAACUACCUCCCGUAUAAAUCCCCUUGAUCAGCAUCUAAUUCUCUUCAGACCUGCAAGAAACAAAAAAAAGCAACAAAACUACCACUAAAAAAAGAAAAAAAACCUUUCAGGUCUCAACUAGAAAUGGAGAUGAAGACGAUUGCCUGUGGAGUUCUUUUCGCUGCUGCUUCUAUGACCACCGUCAUGGCCACAGAUGUUGGAGCUCCGGCACCAGGACCCGCCGCAAGUGGAGCCUCCGUAGCCGUACCGGCUCUUGGCUCUUUGGUUGGAGCUUCCCUUGUGUCUCUCUUCACCUACUACUUAAACUAAAUAAGGUUAUACAAAAAAAAACAAUUGAUGUUUCUAUCAAUUUAUACUAUCUCACGGUUUUGUACGUGUAGGCAAAGUGAAUAAGACGGAAGACGAAAUAAUUUGAUUAUGAUCAGACAAUUUUUAUGUAAUACAUGAUUAUAAAAAUAUAUAAUGUGUUCUUCUCUUCC